CCCACCUCUAAGUUACACUGGCAAUUGACUACUGCAGACACUUGCAUUGAGGCGACCGAGCACGGGGCAGGUGGAUUUACAGGACUCAGCGUUACCAAAGCAGCCCACAGGCCGAACAAUAUGGGAAACACGGACUCCAAGUUGAACUUUCGCAAGGCGAUUGUGCAGCUGACGCAAAAGAACCAGAAGAUCGACCCCAGCGACGAGCAGUUCUGGGAGCAGUUCUGGCAGGGCCACCAGACGACGCUGGAGGAUGUGUUCGCGCUGGUCACCUCAAGCGAGAUUCGCCAGAUCCGCAACGAUAAUCCAGCGAACCUGGCCACCCUAUGCUACAAGGCGGUGGAGAAGCUCGCCCAGGCGGUGGACAGCAGUUGUCGCACACAGGCGGAGCAGCAGUGCGUUCUGAACUGUGUCCGCCUGCUGGUCCGGUGUCUGCCCUACAUAUUUGAGGACGAAAAGUGGCGUGACUUCUUCUGGAGCAGCCUGCCGUCGCAGGAUAAGACCAUGCCGCUGGCCCAGUCACUGAUCAAUGCCACCUGCGACCUGCUGUUCUGUCCCGACUUCACAGUUACGGCCACGCGCCGAACGGGUCCGGAGAAGGCCGAGGAGCUGGCGAACAUCGAUAGUUGCGAGUACAUUUGGGAGGCGGGCGUGGGAUUCGCCCAGUCACCGCCCCACAACGCCCACAUGGAGCGCAGGCGCACGGAGUUGCUGAAGCUAUUGCUCACCUGCUUCUCGGAGCCCAUGUACCGAUCGCCCCAGCAGUCCGAGGAGCCCAACAAGUGGAUAGCGUACUUCACAUCGGCAGACAAUCGCCAUGCCCUGCCCCUGUUCACCUCGUUUCUGAACACCGUGUGCUCCUACGAUCCUGUGGGCUUCGGUGUGCCCUACAAUCAUCUGCUGUUUGCAGAUACCACGGAGCCACUGGUGGAAGCGUGCCUUCAACUGCUUAUUGUCACCUUGGAUCACGACAUGGUGGUGCAGCAGCAACUUACACAGCCCGGACAGGCGUCCUACGACGAGGGCAAUUGCGGCGACAACUUGUUCAUCAACUAUCUGUCGAGAGUUCACCGGGAUGAGGAUUUUCACUUUGUGCUCAAGGGCAUCACCAGGCUGCUGAACAACCCACUUGUCCAGAACUAUUUGCCCAAUUCCACAAAGCGACUGCAUUGCCACCAGGAGCUGCUUAUUUUGUUCUGGAAAAUAUGCGACUACAACAAAAAGUUUCUGUAUUUUGUGCUGAAGAGCUCCGAUGUUCUGGAUAUCCUGAUUCCUAUAUUGUAUCACCUAAACUACUCCCGAGCGGAUCAAUCUCGAGUGGGCUUGAUGCAUAUUGGAGUAUUCAUACUGUUGCUCCUAUCGGGUGAGCGAAACUUUGGGGUUCGCCUUAACAAAGCUUACUCCGCCACGGUGCCCAUGGACAUACCUGUGUUUACUGGAACCCAUGCGGACUUGCUCAUCACAGUGUUCCACAAAAUAAUAGCCACUGGCCACCAGAGGCUGCAGCCGCUUUUCGAUUGUCUGCUGACCAUUCUGGUCAAUGUCUCUCCAUACCUGAAAACCCUCUCGAUGGUAGCUAGUGUGAAGAUGUUGCAUCUCCUAGAAGCCUUUAGCACUCCCUGGUUCCUGCUUUCGGCACCCAGCAAUCAUCAUUUGGUGUUUUUCUUGCUGGAGAUCUUCAAUAACAUUAUACAGUAUCAAUUCGAUGGAAACUCGAAUCUAGUCUACACCAUUAUUCGAAAGCGUCAUGUGUUCCAUGCCAUGGCGAACCUCCCUACCGAUAUGGCGGGCAUAGCAAAGUGUCUGAGUGGCCGUAAAUCGGGUGGAAAGUUCAACUUGCCGCGAGUACCGCAGAGAAGAACGCCAGCUGUGUCCCAGGAGCUGCCCUCGGCCCAUGUGCCAGAGGAGUACAACGAAGAAGACGAGGAUGAGGACGAGGAGGAGACAGUUAAUGAAGAGCCCAAGGCGGAAGAGGAUCUCGAAUCUGAGACAGAGUCUCACGAGCGAUCUCAGGCAGGUGAGCUGCAGGCGGACAUUCUUACAGCGCAGCCAGCCGAGCCAGGAACACUGAAAACAUCCUUGCUGGACACCCCUGGCAUUAGUCAGAUGACGGAGCGGGAGCAGGCUCAUCCGAAUGACAAGCCACAGGUGGAGGAUUCUACGGACAUUGUGCCCUACGACAGGUCAGCCGCAUCGACGCCCACUGACGAGCGCAAGUCCACCUCACCCACUGAACUGUCCCGUUUGUCGGUGGCCCACAGAGCCAGUAUUCGCAUGGUGCCCGGCGAGAGCGAUCGUUGGACGCCCACGCCCGAGUGGAUCGUCUCCUGGCGCUCCAAGCUGCCACUGCAGACCAUCAUGCGACUGCUUCAGGUCCUGGUGCCCCAGGUGGAGAAGAUCUGCAUUGACAAAGGACUGACCGACGAGUCAGAGAUCCUGAAGUUUCUGCAGCACGGCACGUUAGUGGGCCUCCUCCCCGUGCCGCAUCCCAUCCUCAUCAGGAAGUAUCAGGCCAAUGCGGGAACAACGGCAUGGUUCCGCACCUAUAUCUGGGGUGUCAUCUACCUGCGCAACGUAGAACCCGCCAUCUGGUACGACACGGAGGUCAAGCUCUUCGAGAUUCAGCGCGUCUAGGUCAGUAUGUGGAUGGAUACACAGCCACGCAGCAGCGAGCCAGUAGCUUACACGCUUUGGCAUUUACUGUAGUUAAUUUAUUUAGUACAUAUUUCAUUCCAAAUGUCCUUGUGGAAAAUCAGUGUGUAAUGAACUACCUUUUCCAUAUGUUUGCGUAUCGGCACCACAAAAAUGAGGCUUAUCAGUUACGAUGUGGCGUGAGUUCAAUUCAACACAUUUGUU